CGCUGACCACAGAAAAUUUUUCCUCCUCCCCUUCAAGAGCUCGACGGAAAAUCUCGCGCGGCCUCCUGCGAUGCGAGCUGCGACGAGCCGACGACGACGACCCAGCUCGCCAUUGCUUUGCUUGUGCUGUCUGGUAUAGUGGCCUAGGUAGGUUAAGGUGAAGGGUUGUUGCUAGCGCUAGCUGCCAUGGCCGUGGCGGUGGCGUCGUCUUGCUGCGCCUCGACUAGCGCUCGGCCUCUGGUUCACCCCGCCGGAAGAAGGAGCGGGAAGCCGUGGUGGGCGAGUGGUAGGAGGAGUGGUACUGGUGGCAGGAAGACGCGGCUGCUGUCCGUCCGCGCCACCACCGCGGCGCCGUCGGAUGUGGGCUACGCGGACGCCAGCGCCGGCGCGGAUGACGACGCCGUGACUGCGCUCAAAGUCAAGCUUCUGAGCGCGGUGUCCGGGCUGAACCGGGGCCUCGCGGCGAGCCAGGAGGACCUGGACCGAGCCGACGCGGCUGCGCGGGCGCUCGAGGCGGCGGCGGGCGGCCCCGUCGACCUGGACAGGGACAUCGACAUGCUGCAGGGGCGGUGGAGGCUGGUGUACAGCAGCGCGUUCUCGUCGCGGACGCUCGGCGGCAGCCGCCCCGGCCCGCCCACCGGCCGGCUCCUCCCCAUCACCCUCGGGCAGGUGUUUCAGAGGAUCGACGUUGUCAGCAAGGACUUCGACAACAUCGUCGAGGUCGAGCUCGGCGCGCCGUGGCCUCUGCCGCCGGUGGAGCUGACGGCGACGCUAGCCCACAAGUUCGAGAUCAUCGGCACCUCGGGCAUAAAGAUCACAUUCGACAAGACGACGGUGAAGACGAAGGGGAACCUGUCCCAGCUGCCGCCGCUGGAGGUCCCCCGCAUCCCGGACAACCUCCGGCCGCCGUCCUCCAGCACCGGGAGCGGCGAGUUCGAGGUGACCUACCUCGACGGCGACACCCGCAUCACCCGCGGGGACAGAGGCGAGCUCAGGGUGUUCGUCGUCUCGUGAUCGAGCUGACUGAAGUACGGGUUGUGUGUGGUUCCUAUCUGCUCACUCUUCACUCUUCUGCUCUGACCAUCAUGCAAUCGUUGUGCUUACGUACUGUUCGUGCAUUUUGCGUUGAUGUUGUAGAUUUGCAUAAUAUGGAGUUUAUAUCAAGUAGAAGAAGGAAAUUUUUUUUAAAAAAAAAGUAUGUGCGUGCAUAGUAUUAAUCCAGAAAUAAAGUGCUCCUAUCAAAAAGUUUGUGCGUGCUUAGUUUAAUCCAGAUAUAGCUCUCGAGCACACCAAAAUGUAGUCGGGAAGGAAAAAGGGGCAUUCCGAGAAUCGAACUCGGGACCUCUCGCACCCAAAG